AUGCCACACACAGGCCAGGCCGGAGUGAACCAGCUCGGAGGGGUGUUCGUGAACGGGCGUCCCCUCCCAGACUACGUGCGCCGCCGGAUCGUGGAGAUGGCACUGAUGGGCGUGCGACCUUGCGACAUAUCCCGCCAGCUCCUCGUCUCCCACGGCUGCGUCUCCAAGAUCCUCACCAGGUUCUACGAGACGGGAUCCAUCAAGCCUGGUUCGAUCGGAGGCAGUAAGCCCAAGCAAGUGGCCACGCCCACCGUGGUCAAGAAGAUCCUGCGCCUGAAGCAGGAGAACCCGGGCAUGUUCGCGUGGGAGAUCCGGGAGCAGCUCUCGUCGCAGCGGGUGUGCGACCCUGCCUCCCUGCCCUCCGUGUCCUCCAUCAACAGGAUCCUGAGGAAUUCGGGCCUCUGGACGCCCCACGAGGCCGCCGCCGCCGCCGCCGUGGCUGUCGGGGCCGGCCAGGGGCACUCGGGCCACGGCGCCGUCACCGCGGCGGCGGCGGCGGCGGCGGCGGCCGCGGUCGGAGGUGAGGAUCUCGGGACCGCGGAAUUUGAACGUGUUGAGGAUUUUGAGCAUUUUGAGCAUUUUAAGGAAUUUGAGGAAUUCGAAUUUUUUGAGGAUUUUGAGGAUCUUUUGGAAUUUUAG